AUGGAGACCAUCAAAGCUGUGUUCUUCAAGCCAGACCCUCAAGCUCAGGUACGAAAAUGUAACCAACUAAUCCGGGCCAACACCCGCAAACUCGACCGCGAUAUCACGAACAUGAAGCUCGCGGAGAACAAGGCCAAAAGCCUCAUCAUCCAAGCCAACCGGCGGGCGCAACGCAACCCGUCCCAGGCAAAGCAGGCAGAGAAGGACAUCCGCGUCUUCGCGCGCGAGCUGAUCCGGACCCGCAAGCAGCACAACCGACUCGUCACAUCCAAGGCGCAGCUCAACAGCGUGUCGAUGCAGGUCACGGAGGCGUUCGCGGUGCGCAAGAUCGAGGGUAGCAUCCGCAGCUCGGUCGGCAUCAUGAAGGACGUGAACAGCCUGGUCAGGCUGCCUGAGCUAAUGGGCACGAUGCGCGAGCUAAGCCAGGAGCUGGUCAAGGCCGGCAUCAUCGAGGAGAUGGUUGGGGAUAGCCUGCCGGAUGAGCUGGAGGAGGAAGAGGACGAGGAGGCCGAGGGCGAGGUCGAUAAAGUGCUCGGCGAAAUUCUGUCGGAUAAGAUGGGCAAGGUGGGCCCGACGCCGAGUAUGCCUGAGCCGGUUAAGCAGCCGUUGCAGCAGGAGGAGGACGAAGACGAGGAUGCGGAAGCUAUGUUGGAUCAGAUGAGGGGGAGGCUGGAGGCCCUGAAGAGCUGA